AUGCAUUUCUCAACCACUUUUGCGGCACUUGUUGCCCUUUCCGGCUUCACCUCUGCCGAGCCCAACGGCUGGUCCAAGACCAAAGAAGCCGAGGAUAGCCCUUCAAAGCUCGACGACUGCGGCUGCUGGCCCAUCUACCAGGCCAUGCUCAAGUGUCAGAAGCUCAAGUUCCCUGAGGAGUCAGCCGAGGAUUGUGUUUGCAUUCCCAACCCCGACGGCUGGUACGGCUCCAUGGACGGCUGCCGCACUUGUCUCUCGUCCAACACAAACGAAGACUUCUUUGAUAACAUGGCCAAGCUCGUUACACAGCUCUUUGUCUCUUGUACCAACGCCGGUGGCGCUGUCUACAGUGAUGGCAACAGCAUUUGCGCCAGCAACUCUUUCCGAGAGGCCUGUGUUUCGCUUGGUACUGAUGGAAAGGCUAGUUGGGCUAGCUUUGAGCAGGGCGAUACUACUGGCAAUGGCACCUAUGUCCUGGACAUUGAGGAAUAUGGUGCCAAGAAGGAUGCCUCCACUUCAGUGACGACUGCAAAGAAUGCUGAAAAGACAACAGCUGCAUCUGCAGCUACUGAUUCUGCCGAUUCUACCGAGACCGAGACAGAGGCCACUGAUUCCACCAAGACUGAUGCCGAGACCAAGACCACAAGUGUUGGAGCGGCUGCUACUACUGGCACCUCUGAAGCUGCUUCUGCAGCUCAAACUCCUGCUGCUUCAGACACCACAACACCAUCUUCAGCUAUGAAGCUUGCUGGUGCUCAAGCUGGGGCAAUGGGGCUUGUUGUCGCUGUCGUCAUUGGAGCUGGAUUGCUUUAA